AUGUGGGAUUAUGAAGUAGAACUCAGGAAGACAAACCUUGGAACAACAGUGCAAAUCAAGUGUGAUUAUAAUGAAGUGUUACAACAGACAGUGUUCCAAAGAAUGUACAUAUAUAUGGGUGCACUGAAGAAGGGAUUCAAAGCAGGAUGCAUGCCACUUAUAGGAUUGGAUGGGUGUCAUUUGAAGAAUCCUUAUGAAGGGCAGUUGUUGUCAGCUAUUGGUUUGGAUGCCAAUAAUAUGACUUGGGUGAUUGCAUAUGCUCAAGUUGAGGGAAAGAUGUUGAAGAAUGCCUUCUGGGUAGCUGCCAAGGCAACCACAGUUCCUCAAUUCAGAAGGGCAAUGGAGGAAACAUUCUUGAAGACAAAUAAGAACAUUAUUCUUCCUAUGAAUGGAAUGGAAUUAUGGGAAACCACGGAUUUCCCUAAAUUAUUACCUUCAAUGUAUAGCAGACAUAAGCCACCAAAUGCUAAAACCUAUGGCACUAAGAAGAGUAAGGCCAAAGCAGUUGCUGGAUCAUUCACACGAGCAACCAAAGCUAAUACUUAUGAAGCUGAGAUGAAGAGAAAGAACUUCAUGAGAAAAAAGGCAAAACAAAGAGCUGCAAAGCUGAAGGAAAAGAGAGACAAGAAGAAAGUUGAAGAUGGUUUAACAAGAGCAACUGAUUCAAGCAAUCAAAAUGGCUUGGUGAGGAAGAGGGUGAAGUGCACAAAGACAACAUGUAGUAACUGUGCUUAUGUCCAAGAAUCACAAAAUGGACAGUAG